AUGAGCACGUCACAGACCAAGAACAUUAAAACGUCACCACCAAUAGUGUCUGCGGUCAUGUCACUCCUCGACUUCCCUGUGGAAGUGUUUGAGAACGUCGUUCAUGAGCUAGUCUCUGUCGCUGGCGUUAACGAGGCCUGGAAGCUCCGUGGGGUCUGUGGUACAUUCAAGCUAGCUAUAACGUACGACAUCUUCGCCAAGCGGACCUUGAAAGAUCUCACCUACAUCUCGAACGACCUUUUGCGCCACAAUUUUGGCCUCUACCUCUACUACCGAAGUAGGGUACCCUUGGAUGUGCAUCCGUACCUACCCGAAAGAAUCAACAACAUGAUCAGCUAUGUUUCAGAAGGGCUAGGAACUGUCACGGAGAGCGAGAAAGAAGGGUUGCAAAGGGACCUAUGCGACAGACUAGGCGCUGACACCACAAAUGACGAAAUGAUACGCGCUUUGCGAGGCUAUGGCAGCAGAAAAGGCUUGAAACCUGAGUACCUCGGCACCCGUUUCGGAGCAAUCGAUCAGCUCGUGGCUGCGUCAAUCCUCGGAAAACUUGGACUCAUUAAAACGGCGAUGGAAUCACUGCGCAGCUACGAUACUCAUCCCGUCUUCGGAGGUGUUCUCUUGCGGGCGACUGCAGAAGGACAGGUUCCUGCUGUCAAAGUCAUACUGGAACAGCUAGACGCGGCCUUGCAAGGUUCUCACGAAGCCCAGCGCAUACGAAUGGUCGUCCAGCAAGACCCAUUUGCUUGUAAAGAAUGGGAAGUGAGCGAGUUCAACAUUUCACGGGCCAUCCUGGCCGCCGUCGAGCAUUCCCGUCCUGAGGUACUUGGUAUAUUAUCCACGUGGUACAAGCAAGCAGGGUUCACAUUCUUGAAAGCUGAGUACAACACUUUUCUCGACACAGCCAUCCGCAAGUCGAGUCUGGCGGUAUUCCAGCGUGUAUUAGACGUUCCUUAUAUCAAGAAAAAGACGACGAAUCCUAUAACCUCCUCACAGCUUUCCCUGGCAUGCGCAAAAGGACGCCAGGACAUCGUCAAGUUGUGUGUUGAGGAAGACCUCAUUGAGACAGCGGCAGCGACCUGUGCGAUGAUUUCAGGCAUCAACUCGAACAAACCCGAAAUCGUCAAUUUACUCAUACGGGCUGGCGCUGACGUCAACUAUCCGACGCCAUACUACUCUACGAUAAGGCUUGCUCUGAAAGUGGCAAUGCACAAGAAGAACCCGUCCAUCAUUCAAGCUCUGAUUGAUGCAGGUGCACACCUACCAAACAUUGCAUGUUGGUCAAAGCAUGAGGCUACAUAUGCGAUUCUGCGACAUGCCAAGAUCAAGAACGACGGUGGGCACGUGCUGGAGUACAAGCAUUUCAAGAGAAUGAAGAGGGCAGAUAUUGAGAAACUUGGAGCCGAGGAUUCGAGAAGUGACGAGCUUGGAGUAACGACUUCAGUCACUGCGAUGGACUUGCUCGACUUCCCGCCUGAGAUCUUCAGGCACGUCAUCAACUGCCUCGUCAGUGAUGUCGGUGUCCUAUGUGCUUGGAAACUGCGAAGCGUAUGCCGAACCUUUGAUCAGGAGAUCAGCGCAAACAUUCUAGCCGUACAACCGGGAGAGGCGUUUCGCAGCUACAGAGCCUGGUGCCUACUCAAUCGCAAAGAGAACAUGAUGUACUACCUCGCAUAUCACGUCAAGAGUCCACGCGAUGUCUUACCGGAGCUUCCCGCCAAGAUACAGAAUAUGGUGGAGUAUGUCACCAAGGAGCUCACCGCAAUAGACAGUCUCGACGACCGUAACAUCCUUCUGGAGCUACUACUUGGCUACAUUCGUCGCUACCUGACCCUUCCCGACAAAACCUAUUAUCGUCAGUGGAUUGAUCGUGCUAUUCUCUCACGAAGCAACAGCGUCCUCAGAACUCUUCUCCAAGCCGCACCCGACACCAAGCCCUUCCAGAUCAACACUACUAUCUUCGAACGGGGCGUUAAGACCGGAGACUCAGCUAUCGUUACCACUCUCAUCAACUACGGAAGCAUUCAGCUAGACUCUAGUAGCGCCCAGAUGUCAGCCCUGGCGGCUUCCAUAAGAGCUGGUGGUGUUGCGGUAAUUCGCGCAGUCGUCGAAGCUGGUGCAGACAUUAAUUUGGUUAUAACAACCCAUCGUCUGAAGCAUUGCGAUGCCAUUACACCACUGGAGUAUGCUAUCUAUCUGAACCACUUCGACGCCGUGUGCUACUUGAUCAAAUGCGGAGCCAGCGUUCCUGCUACCUAUACUUGGCACCUCUCAAAGAAGAUGCAAGCCGUCCUUCAGAAUGCGGCAGUCUCCCAGAAGCAAUCGACGAAGCAAAAGCAUUAA